AUGAAGAUAAUGUCUUGGAAUGUCAGAGGGUUGGGUAGAGCAGACAAACGGCGGAGAGUCAGACAGGUUAUUCAGGAUAGAAAGGUGGAUGUCCUACUUCUUCAAGAAACAAAAAAAAGUAGUAUGGAAGAGAUGUUUGUUCGCUCAUUUUGGCCUUGGGAGAGGAUGGCGUUUAUGGCGGUUGAUUCUGAAGGUAGUGCUGGAGGGCUAUUGAGCAUAUGGAAUCCAGAGGUUUGCAAUGCAUACACGGAGUUGAAUGAUCCUGUGGUACAAUGCCAACGGUUUGCUGACCAACUCAAGGACCGACAAUCAGGUGAUGAUGAAGCAAUGGCUUUGGAUGAAACAUUUUGCACGGCUCUCGAGUAUGGUUUUCCCCCAACUGGUGGUUGGGGACUGGGUAUUGACCGACUAACAAUGAUGAUGACAGAUUCGCAGAACAUCAAGGAAGUUCUACUCUUUCCGGCCAUGAAACCUCAGGAUGAACCUUCUGCUAAAGAACACAUCCAAACAGCUUCUGGCUUGGGUCCAGUAUAGGUUUUCAAUCUGCCAAUAUGCAUGCAAAUCUGCCUACAGAAGGUUUAC